AUGGUCGAUCGAAAAUUGCAAAUGCACUACUCAGAUGCUCCUCAGGAUAUGCAGAUAGCGCUCUAUGCCAAAUGACAGUGUAUUUUUGACAAUUUACAUUUUAUCGAAGUGCAUUUGUUCGAAAAUUUUUUAAAUAGUGCAUCUUUUGGUCGAAAUUUAACGUUUUUUUUUUUGGUCAAAUGUCUCAUAUCAAAAAGUUUCAACCAAUUUUUCGACCAAUUGUACUUCGGUGAAAUGCACACUAUCAGAAGAGCACGAUCAUUGGCCUGCACCCGCAGAUAGCUGCUAUUGAGUUUGCUGCUGGAUUUAUUGAGAAAAAAUCUACUAGUCUUGAAAUUGCAAAAGAAUUAAAAAAGGACUUUGAAAAAAGGUAUUUUGGGAGCUGGCAUUGCAUAGUUGGAAAUAAUUUUGGAGCUUUUGUGUCGAAUGAAGAAGGGAGAGUAAUUUAUUUCACAUAUGGACAGAUUUCAAUACUUCUAUUUAAGGCUGGAUAA